AUGGACGAAGAUCUCGACACAUCCAAAAUCAAAAGUUGGCGGUCAAUCAUUACCCUGAUUAUAUUUGUGGUGACGAAUAUUAUCGUCCUGUUCCCCUUUCAUAUCCCCAUCUACCUGCCUCGAUGGCUCAACAACAUAUUUCUGGACUCGCUCAGCGCCAUACGCAUAAUACCGCGCCGGAAUCGUCACAAUGAGAAGAAAAGCGUCUUCAUGAGAUUCCGCUUCCCGCUGAAUUUCAUCACAGCCCCAUUGAUAGCAGAUCUGUUUCUUCUCGCGAUAAAAGCGAUUGGUCGACAAGAAGUACACGAUGGCACGCUCGGCGCAAAUCAUAUCUUGCCCAUUGAUAUCAUGGCCUUCUUCCUCACACUGGCCUAUAUUGCCAUUUCAAUCGAUGCCUCCGGUCUAAUCAGAUGGCUAGCAUUCAAAGUGCUCGAGCGUGGCGGCAAAGUCGGCCACCGACUCUUCUUCUAUCUAUACGCCUUCUUCUUCGGCCUAGGCACAUUCAUCGGAAACGACCCGAUCAUUCUAUCCGGAACAGCCUUCCUCGCCUACAUGACCCGGGUCUCCAGCAACAUCGUCCACCCCCGAGCCUGGAUCCACAGCCAAUUUGCCAUAGCAAACAUCGCCUCCGCAAUCCUAGUCUCGUCGAACCCGACGAACCUCGUGCUGGCCGGCGCGUUCGAGAUCAAAUUCAUCGUCUACACAGCAAACAUGAUCGUACCCACAGUCGUCACAGCAAUCGUCAUCUUCCCGUUCCUCCUGUACAUCAUCUUUGCCGAUGAAUCCCUCAUCCCACUUUCCAUCAAAAUGCAUGAGCUUACUGAGGACGAAAAACGCAAGAAACCAGUCAACCCGAAUAUUCCCCACGCGCGAGGCAACGCCGAAGAAGAAGAGGACAUGAACAACGAAGAAGGCAAGCAACUCUCCUUGGAGGAGAUCAUGAACCCAUUCCUAGACAAAAAGGGCGCAGCCUUCGGCGCCGUCAUCAUGGCCGCGGCGCUCAUCACCCUCCUUGCAAUCAACGCCUCGAGCCAGACCGGAAACGAAAAACCCGUCUUCUACGUGACAUUGCCAGCGGCCUUUGUCAUGUUCUGCUGGGAUGUCGCAUCGGGAUGGCUCCAUCGCCACGAGACGCGCGAAAUUGCCGCGCGGGGCAGGCGAGACGUCGAGAAUGCUCGCGCAGAGCGCCUGCGCGAGCGGAGCGAGUCUCAAUCCCCCGAGAUCCUAGGGCAGGAACAGGAUGUGUCGGGUGUCCACGGACACACUGCGGAGCGCACUUCUGAGCGCACCGAUGAUGAGAUUUCCGUCGGGGCUGCGGAUACAGGUCUAGCUUCGAAGAUAUCGACUUCCAGCCCGGACCGCGAGACACCGUUGUCCGUCUCGGUGCUCGUUGGUCAGGAGAAGUUCCCGGAACUGGAGCCGCCUGGUGUUUCGUCGCUUGAUAAUAAGAGAUUGGCUCAGGCUUCUUCGCCCGAACCACUGGACUCCCGACAUACGACUGACACGGUCGAUGAGGAGAAGCGGGCGGGUCAGUAUCAGAAGGACGGACCGCCGACGUUGGUCUCCCUCUCUGCUGAUCUGUACCGCUGGCUUCAAGAGACUUUCCCGACAGUGACUGUCGUUGUAUCCCACAUGCCCUUCCCACUUGUUCCUUUUGCGUUCGCCAUGUUCGUACUUGUACAGGCGCUCGUCACCAAAGGCUGGGUUCCUGUUUUUGCAUAUGGAUGGGAUCACUGGGUGAACAAGACCGGGACCGUAGGAGCGGUUGGCGGGAUGGGCUUUUUGUCUGUGAUUCUAUGCAAUUUCGCCGGCACAAACAUCGGCACAACAAUCCUCCUCUCGCGCGUCAUCCAAGCCUGGCAAACAAUCCACGAUAAGAACGGCAUCCCAAUCAGCGAGCAGACCUUCUGGGCAACAGUCUAUAGCAUGGCCCUGGGCGUGAACUUCGGCGCCUUCAGCACUGCAUUCAGCGCCUCGCUGGCCGGACUGCUAUGGCGGGAUAUCCUACAGCGCAAACAUAUCCGCGUGGGCAGUUUGGAGUUUGCGCGUGUGAAUCUGCCUAUCAUUGCUGUUUCUAUGGCUGUCGGCUGUGCUGUUCUUAUUGGGGAGAUUUAUGUUGUUAGGGGGACUCAGCCUUAUAACUUGUAA